AUGCCAUUUGAUCGAGAAGGACGUUUUAUAAAUUAUCGAAUUCCACGUGUUAGAUCGUUAGAAUAUAUCGAAGCAACAAUGGAUUUUUCUAAUGGACCACCGUCAUAUUCAUCAGCAAACAGUUCAUUGAAUUCAAAGAGACUCAACCGAUCGACUCAUUCAGCUGAUGAUGAUUCUGAUAUUAAUGAUGAUUCUGCAACUGCAUUGAUGUCGUCGCCAUCAAUGGUAUCAGUUGCGACAACAUCAGCAUCAUCUUUUUUCCCUAAUUUCAGACCAUUACCGGGAACAUUAUCAACCGAGGGAUAUUGCUCAAGCGAUCAGAAGGAAAUAUUUUUAAACGGAAAAGAAGGAAACGAAAAAUUUAAUCAAAAAAAUGCAAAAAAAAAUAAGGAAUUCAGUAAUAUUUUAAGGAAUAAAAUUAAAAGUCUACGAAAUAAUUCGAUUGGUCAAAUUAAUUCGGAUUUACAAUUUGUAUUAAAUCACGUUGAUGAAGCUUGCCAGUUAAUUGAUACAAAAAAUAAGCAAUUAUCAAUCGCAUUUCAAGAAAUUUUUAAUAAAAACACUUUACUUGAUGAAUACAAAAAUCGCAUUUCAAAUCUUGAAAAACUUUGUGAAAAUUAUCGAAUCGCUUCUGAAAAGGGUGAUAGAGUCGGAUUUGAUAAAAUUAACGAAUUAUCAGCUGAACGAGAUGAACUACUUUUAAGAAAUGCAUCAUUAAAGCAUCAAAUCGAAUAUGAAAGACGUGAAUGGUCGAUCGAACGUGAAAGACUUUCAUUGGAAUUGGAUGACGUGACAAAAGAAUUAGAACUUCAAAAAGUGAUUUUAAAUGGAAAACCAGUUUCAGAAAUAUUAAAUUCGUGGGAAACAAAAGUAUUUGAAUUACAAGAAGAAAUCGCUGAUCGUGAUGCAGCAAUACGUGCACAGCAAAUGCGAAUUAGCAAUUUGAAAGAAUCAUUGGACAACAAAAAUUUCGACAAAUCACCACCAAUAAUAAAUCAUCAAAUUCUUAAAUCAACGAUUUUGCAAUUUUUAAAAAGUUCUGAUCAACAGCGUAUGUUUCAAUCAUUGCGCAAAUUGGCUGAUCUACUUAAUCUGACGAAAGACGAACAAAUUCAGCUUCAUGAAUUUAUUUCUAUUAAUAAAAUCAAAUAA